CAUUCUUUCGGUUAUAUGUGAACUUUCAUUGAUGGACAUUUUUGUAUGCUGUCUGGCAUUCAUGCCAACUGCAUGGGGCUUGAUACAGAUUGCACAAGCUGCGAGGCCAAAGAUAGAGCACACUGGGGUGUGGCAUUUCACCCGUGCACUUGCUAGAGAAUUUGAUUAUGGAAUGGGGAUUGUUCUAUUUGGACCUAUUGCCAUUCUUGCUUGGCUACCAAUCAUCAAAGCCUUCCAUGCUCGUAUCCUCUUCAAUGAGGCAUUCAAAAGGCACUUGCAAAUACAACCAAUUCUUGCUGUGAAAAAGAAGAAGCAUAGACCUUGAUCCUCAUUCUUGAUUCUUUGUACUUGAUUUUUGUACAGACAAGUCAUAUCAUAAGAUUCUAUAGGAUAUAUAUAGGAAUUAGAUAUCGGUUAUUAUAGUAUGUACAGCUGCAUAUUCAUGUGAUACAAUUAGACAAAUUAAAUUCAUAAAUGUAGAAAGAGUUGUUUGAUUCUCAUCUUGUAAUAGACUGGACAGGUUUCAUGUAGGUAGAGUUAGAAUACAGAAUUAAGAAUUUUAUUGACAGGUAUACAAUGGGAUAUGAAUGUACGAAGCAGCAUUGAGUAGGCCUCCAACUGACUCCAUUGUCAUUUCUAAUAACAUCAAAAAAAUAAUCUAUUACCUCUUUUAUGAAA